AAACGAGCUCGUGGUGUUCAGCUGUUUGACAAAGUUUGUGAACACGUCAACCUGCUGGAGAGAGACUACUUUGCUUUGUCCUUCAGAGACAUGGACAACAACAAGAACUGGUUGGAUCCAGCAAAGGAGAUGAAGAAGCAGGUCAGAGGUGUUCCCUGGAACUUCUCCUUUAAUGUCAAGUUUUACCCCCCUGACCCCGCCCAGCUCUCUGAGGACAUUACCAGGUACUUCCUGUGUCUCCAGCUCAGACAGGAUAUAGUUUCUGGACAUCUCCCGUGUUCCUUUGCGACUCAUACCGUCCUCAGCUCGUACACCGUCCAAUCAGAGCUCGGAGACUACGAUCCUGAUGAGUGUGGUUCAGAUUACGUCAGUGAACUCUGUUUCGCUCCAAAUCAAACCAAAGAGAUGGAGGAGAAGAUCAUUGAGCUGCACAAGACUUACAGAGGAAUGACACCAGUUGAAGCAGAGAUGCACUUCCUGGACAACGUGAAGAAACUUUCUAUGUACGGAGUCGACCUUCAUCACGCAAAGAUGGUAGGAAGUCGCUUUGACUGUUUGCCUUCAGCUCAGUCAGAGGUAAGA